AUGAGCAACGGAUCCAACUCUGGUAGUGAAAUGUCCAAGAGACGUGCCCUACCUGGAACUUCGAGUGCCGUUGUAGCCCCGGAUCUAGCCAGUCUUUUCGAGUGCCCCGUUUGCUUCGAUUACGUUCUACCCCCCAUACUCCAAUGUCAAAGCGGUCAUCUCGUGUGCUCCAGUUGUCGUCCUAAACUCACUUGUUGUCCCACGUGUCGGGGCUCAUUGGGAAACAUCCGAAAUCUCGCUAUGGAAAAAGUAGCGAGCACGGUCAUGUUCCCUUGUAAAUAUGCCGCCACCGGUUGUUCCGUUCUUCAAUUGUACUCUGAAAAAGUCGAACACGAAGAAGUCUGCGAAUUUCGGCCAUUCCAAUGCCCCUGUCCCGGAGCUUCGUGCAAAUGGUUAGGAUCCCUCGAUCAGGUGAUGCCUCACCUCGUCAGCUCACAUAAAUCCAUCACUACCCUUCAGGGCGAAGACAUUGUUUUCCUAGCAACUGAUAUUAAUCUUCCCGGUGCCGUAGACUGGGUCAUGAUGCAGUCUUGUUUCGGACAUUGUUUUAUGCUCGUGUUAGAAAAACAGGAAAAGUUUGACGGACACCAGCAAUUUUUCGCAUUGGUUCAAUUGAUUGGUUCUCGGAAACAAGCCGAAAACUUUGGAUACCGUUUAGAAUUAAAUCGACAGAGAAGACGAUUGACUUGGGAGGCGACUCCGCGCUCAAUACACGAAGGAAUUGCCACUGCCAUCGUUAAUUCUGAUUGUCUUGUCUUUGACACGAGCGUCGCUCAACUCUUUGCUGAUAAUGGAAACCUUGGAAUCAAUGUAACUAUAUCAAUAGUUCGGUAA